CGAGAUGGGUGCUCCGGGCGGGUCACCGCCCUCCCCCACAGCCGGUAUCGCGGUCUCUAACCGCCAGCAAUCCCCGGAUAGAGCGCGAUUAGCAGCCGGACCGGAGACCACAUCCGGCUAACCCGGAACCGGUAGGACCGCCAUUAACCCCACUGCUCACAGAGACAGGUAGGUGGUCUAUGUAUGGAUCCAAAGGGUAUAGUCAAGUCUUUUCCCAAAGUAAAAAGGGUGAGAGAGAGGCCCGAGUCUGCAGAUCCAACAAAAAAGACAAAAAAAAAUGCUAACAUUCAAGGAAUAUACUUCGAAGGAAUCAAUGCAUUCAUUCUUCCGGCUGGAAUUGGCCAGGCCAGAGGAAAAAUAUUUCAGAAACAGAUUGUACAAAAUGGAGGUCAAGUCGCCAUCCAUUUUUCCGCAGAUGUAACUCAUAUUAUCGUGGAUGAAGCAAUGGAUUCUGACCGGGCUUUUCGGUUGCUGAAGCUGGAUAAACUUCCUGCCGGGAUGCAACUCAUAAAAUCGUCUUGGCUGAGCCUGUGUAUAAAAGAAAAGAAGAUUGUAAACACUGCUGGUUUUGGUAUCUUCAUCCCAGACAGGUACCUGGAUGUAAAGGACCAGGAGCAGAAAGAACAAAGACUAAGCAGCAAAGUGAAUUACAGGAAAGAAAAUGAUGAACUACCAAAACCCAAUGCUGUCCUGCACGAAACCGGUGACUGUCCCUUACAGCAAGCUUCCAAUCUCUCAAACCUGAAUGAUGGCAACGUCUCCAAAAUACAGACUUCCGAUGAUGAAGGGAGUGAUGUGGAAGAUACAAAUGUUACGCAAGGUGAUUUGGAUGCUUUGAUUUUUGGUCGAGGUCCGACAGCUGGUGCAGACUUUGAUAAAACUGGUGAAACAUCAAAUACGAUUAGCUCCAAGUGGGUUUGUGCCCGCUCAUCAGAGAGCAAGAAAGAGAAUCACAAUCAGUUUAUCACAGACAAGCUGGAGGUGCUUGCCAAGGCGUAUUCUGUCCAAGGUGAUCGUUGGAGAGCACUGGGAUAUUCAAAGGCGAUAAAUGCCCUUAAAAGUUAUCACAAACCCGUCACGUCUUCUGAGGAAGCAUCGAAUAUCCUUGGAAUUGGGAAAAAAAUGGCUGAAAAAAUUGAAGAAAUAUUAGAUAGCGGACAUUUACGAAAACUUGAUCACAUCAGUGACAGUGUGGCCGUAUUGGAGAUAUUCUCGAAUAUCUGGGGAGCAGGGGUGAAAACGGCCCAGAGCUGGUACCAGCAGGGUUUCCGAACUCUUGACGACAUCCGCAGCAAGGCAAAUCUAACGGCACAACAAGUCAUCGGCUUAAAGUAUUACGAGGAUUUCUUAGAGCGCAUGCCCAGGGACGAGGCUGGUAAAAUUGAAGAAACGGUACAAAACGUGGCACACAAUAUAAACAGUGGGCUUAUUUCUGUGGCAUGUGGCUCUUAUCGCCGAGGAAAACAGACUUGCGGAGAUGUGGAUGUUUUAGUUACUCACCCUGAUGGAAAAUCCCAUAAAGGAAUAUUCAGUAAACUUAUUGAGGGUCUUAAGUUGCAAGGGUUUAUUACAGAUGAUUUGGUGAGCAAUGAAGAGAAUGGCCAGCAAAAGAAAUACUUGGGGGUUUGUUGUCUGCCAGGACCAGGACAGAGACACAGGAGACUGGACAUUAUUGUCGUCCCUUAUGGAGAGUUUGCUUGUGCACUGAUGUAUUUCACAGGCUCCGCACACUUUAAUCGCUCAAUGCGUGCACUGGCGAAAACCAAGGGAAUGAGCCUAUCAGAGCACUCCCUCAACAAGGAUGUGGUGCGCAAUGGGAGCAUAAAAGUCAACAAUGGUUAUCCCCUGCCAACUCCCACCGAGAAGGAUGUGUUUCAGCUGCUCGAUCUUCCAUUCAGAGAACCACGAGAAAGAGACUGGUGAAUGUACAAAUUAUCGCCCUAAAGGAAAGUGGAAGAAAAACAGAUGGUUUCGAUUAAAUUAGCUUUUUAAUCCAUUUUCUUUUACGUAAUAUUUCUAAAUACUAAUU